GCGGAAAGGGAGGACCGGGAAGCAAACGUGUUCGCCAAUCCUGUAAGGCUCUUGGGUGGAGCAGCCAAUCAGGCUUGUCGGACUGGUGACUCGCUUUCCGGCUGUGGCCCAUAGAGGUUGGUUGUUGGUGUGAACGCUGUGGGUAUCUGAGCGGUAAUUAGAUCACGGAAGGCGUUGAAGUAGCGUGGCGAGGGAUGUGUGGAUAUGCAGAGAGCAGAUGUGGUGAUGUGUAGACUAUAAGUCCGGAUGUUCUACCCGGGACUCGGUGUAGGAGCGAUCCCCUCAGUGUGUCUGCUGUUAGGUAAUUCAUGGCUGGGGACGUGGAAGGGUAUACUUCGUCAAUCCAUGAUAGCAGUGUCUCUGCUGGCUUCAGGGCACUAUAUGAAGAAGGCUUAUUGGUCGAUGUCACUCUAGUAAUAGAAGAUCACCCGUUCCAAGCCCACAAAGCUCUACUGGCCACACAGAGUGACUACUUCCGCAUCAUGUUCACCGCAGAUAUGAGAGAACGUGACCAGGACAAAAUCUACCUAAAGGGAUUGACAGCCACAGGCUUCAGUCAUGUCAUUCAGUUUAUGUACUAUGGGACCAUUGACCUCAGUAUGGCUACCGUCCAUGAAAUUCUGCAGGCCGCUAUGUAUGUGCAGCUGACAGAAGUAGUGAAAUUUUGCUGUUCUUUCCUCAUGGCAAAAAUUUGCCUGGACAACUGUGCAGAGAUCAUGAGGCUUUUAGAUGAUUUCAGUGUGGAUGUAGAAGGCGUGAGGGAAAAACUCGAUACCUUUCUGCUGGAAAACUUUGUUCCCCUUAUGGCUAGACCUGACUUCCUCUCCUACCUUAGCUUUGAAAAGCUCAAGAGCUACUUGGACAAUGACCGUCUGAGCCGGUUUCCUGAGAUUGAGCUCUAUGAAGCUGUUCAGGCCUGGUUACGACAUGAUAGGAGACGUUGGAGACACACAGAUAGCAUCAUUCAGAACAUCAGGUUUUGUUUGAUGACCCCAUCCCAUGUCUGUGAGAAGGUAAAAACUUCUGAGUUUUACAGAUAUUCACGUCAGCUAAGGCAGGAAGUGGAGUUGGCACUAAAUUACUUUCACAAUGUAAGCGAGCAACCUUUGAUGGAUAUGAAAUCCAAUCAUAUUCGUUCAGCAAAACCUCAAACGGCAGUAUUCAGAGGCAUGAUUGGACACAGCAUGGUCAACAGCAAAAUUCUUCUGCUGCACAAACCACGAGUGUGGUGGGAACUUGAAGGUCCUUUGGUACCUCUUAGACCCGACUGUCUUGCUAUUGUUAACAACUUUGUCUUUUUGCUUGGAGGAGAGGAACUGGGUCCAGAUGGAGAAUUUCAUGCGUCAUCCAAAGUGUUUAGGUAUGACCCAAGGCAAAACAGCUGGGUCCGGAUGGCUGAUAUGUCUGUACCUCGGUCGGAGUUCGCAGUGGGUGUUAUAGGGCGAUAUAUUUAUGCAGUUGCUGGUAGGACGCGUGAUGAAACCUUUUACUCAACAGAACGUUAUGAUAUAGUAGAAAACAAAUGGGAAUUUGUGGACCCUUAUCCAGUAAACAAGUAUGGCCAUGAAGGUACAGUUCUUAACAAUAAGCUGUUCAUCACUGGUGGAAUUACAUCCUCUUCAACAUCUAAGCAAGUCUGUGUUUUUGACCCUAGUAAAGAAGGCACAGUGGAACAAAGAACCCGAAGAACACAAGUACACACCAACUGUUGGGAAAACAAAUGUAAAAUGAACUAUGCCAGAUGUUUUCACAAAAUGAUCUCUUACAAUGGAAAACUCUAUGUAUUUGGGGGUGUUUGUGUCAUACUAAGGGCUUCUUUUGAAUCACAGGGAUGUCCUUCUACUGAGGUGUAUGAUCCAGAAGCAGACCAGUGGACCAUUCUAGCAUCUAUGCCUAUUGGAAGGAGUGGUCAUGGUGUGGCUGUACUCGACAAACAAAUAAUGGUACUCGGUGGGCUAUGUUACAAUGGCCAUUAUAGUGACUCUAUCUUAACAUUUGAUCCGGAAGAGAACAAAUGGAAAGAAGAUGAGUAUCCCAGAAUGCCUUGCAAAUUGGAUGGCCUACAAGUAUGCAGUCUACAUUUUCCAGAAUAUGUUUUAGAGCACGUGAAGCGUUGCACUUGAACAGCAGCUAAAUAAAUAAACACACAUUUUUCUUCCCCCCUUCCCUUAGUCCUAAAGGAGUUCACAAUUUUAUCUGCUGUUUUAGUGUAUGAUGGUAUUUGUUAAAGGUGAAGCAGGGAGCAAUCAGAAAAUGCCUAAAACUAUCAAUGGGUCUGGUUCGAGUCAUGCCAACUUGGUAUGUUAGUGUGAUGAAUUGUUGUGUGCAAGAUUUUAUAUAUAAUUUUUUUUUUUUUUUUUUACCUUUUUAUUUAUUUUGUAAAAUGUCCUAAUUGCAUAUCUGUAUUUUUUUUUUUUUCAUGAUUUCAACACUUUCCAGUGACAUGGAAAAGUAACAUUAUCUGUUCAAGAAAGGCUUAUUGUGAAAUAUAUCUGAAAACUUUGAAUAUGCAAUGUUAAAUAUUGUCCAUGCUAGUUCUGGGGAGGUGAAGUGGAUAACUUUUCAUGAGCAAUAUACUAUCAGUUCUCCAAUGAAAAUGCAUGCAUGGUUUUUUUAUGCUACCUUCCUGGACAGAGGAGCAAGCAAAGCUUCCAUGUUCUGACCAUAGAGCACUGCAUAAAGGGUAUAGGAGGAAAUAAGUGACUGAUCUUCUGGAAAUGCUCAGCAAAUCUGUCUUGAACAAUAUACACGACUCAGGCCUCCUGCUACCUCUAUUGUUCCUUAUUGCUGCCAAAACCUUAGUAGUUUCAGUCUGUAAGGAUUACGUCAGGUAUUUAAACCCCACCAGAACGGGUAAACCAAACACAUGGCAGUCAGAUAAGUUUGACUUGGGCAUAGCACAAGAACCUGUAGACGUUUGCUAUGACCUUGUAGAAAGCCUCAGAAUUUUACUAAUUUCCAAAUAAGCCUUUUAGAGCACAUUGCAAACAUUUAAAGAAGAAUUACAGUGUAAAAGUUGUUUUAAUAGUUUCAAUUUACAAAGCUCUUUCUACCUUUUAAAUAUAACCUAAUAGAAGUUUUGACUUGAUAAACUAUGGUGGCUGCUUAUAUGCAAACUAACUGAUCUUCUAAAUAACACAAGCAGAAUCAUUUGUGUCUGCCUUUGCCCAUUGGCGAUGGCUAGGUGUCGCCCUGUGUCUUUUCCUGCUACUACCACACAUAGUUCCUAAUAUGUGUGUUUCUAUUGUAAGGGCUCGUUUACACCAUACGUGCUUGAAAACAGAUGGGAAGACCAUGCAGAAUUCACUUGCAGAGACCUAUUUUUUUUUUUUUAUGCACAUUUCGGUGGGUUUUCACCUGCGUCAGUUAUGUGCCAUGUUCACACCACAGUGUUGAUGUCAUGUCAUUUUUUUUU